GACGCUUGGCUAGUGCCUCAUCCAGAUCUCUUCAAUAUUCUUCGAAUAUAUCCUGUCAAUAUCUUUGCUCGAGGUACUAUCUACUAUGGGCCUUUCUGAACUCAUUUUUGGUUGUUAUUAUCAUUUUACCCUCAAGAUUACACUAUGUACAUACACCUGGAUCCAUGAUUUACCCAUGUCAUCCUUUAUCUUUCUCGUCUUGUUUACCUUGAUGGAAUUUCUUUGGUACGCUCGGUUGAUACCCCAGGUCUGGCAUGGCCUUUCAUACGAAUUUCUUUCGAACGUCUUUCCCAUGAUUCUGCUUCUUAUUGUGCUUUUUAGCUGUUUUCUCGCUUGGUGCAACCCUCAGCUCUCGCACUUCUUGGAUGCCAAUUCAGUAUUAUUUACGAUCACACCUCUAGAAUCAUUCACGUUCCAUUAUCUAGAAACAUAUUUCGACCAAAGUAAGUAACAAACGACAUCAGCGAAAUGAAAAAGAAAAGGAAUCAGUAUGAGUUAUACAAAUACAUGCAUUGCCCGCUCCAGAACUUCCAGAAGCAGAGGCAUGAGGAGAGGAAAAAAAGGUACAUAGAAAGAUCAAAGACUCCGAAAUGACAGAUGGUUGAAAGCCAUUACCAUAACCAUUUAAGUCCGUGCUUUUUUAUUGCCGCGCCGGCCCAAAACCGUGAAUUAUAUUUUUGGAGAUCGCAGGCGAUUAUUCAAUCAGAUGCUUUGUAUACCCUUU